AUGGGCACAGGUUGUGACGGCGGCCAUAAAGCGAAACCGGCCAGCCUCCUCGCUGCUCUGUUUCCGACCAGGACUAUCUUUCCGCCCUCCGUCGUGCUCUGCGUCUGCUUCUUCGCUCAAAUGGCUUUCCUUUCAUCCGACGUCGCUUUCGCAUCUUUUUUGCUAUACCUGUGGGAAUCAUUAGUCGCUAUCUUCACCUGGAUUCGUGUUCAUGUGGAGGUUUUUGGUCGGAGCUGCCCUCGUUAUUUUUAUGUCCACGAUUUGGAAUCUGGGUUGGUGGAUGAGAAGCGCGAGUUUUAUGAAGAGCUUCCACAAUUCCCGAAUACCCCUACUCACCUGAGGGGUGGUGCCUACGAGAAGCGCCACCCCACCAUUCGCUUUGUGCAGUCACAUACGCCCCAAACCGACCCUACGUUCGCCCCUGUUUCGACCCAGCUCGAGUGCAGUGAAUACUUCGUCGAUCUAGGUGCUGUCAAAACCCAACAUCGCUGGAAGCUUCUAUUGAGAGGCCAACGCUACAUCCCGCGUCCUUCGCACCAGAUCAAAUCAAAGACACAUCCGACCGGAAAUCAGCUCGGAACAUUGGCGCAUCCACCUGAAGCCCGGGGCGAAGACUUCAGGAAAUGGAUCCUCGUCACGCAAACCCUUUUCCCGUCGCGGGCUUCACAGUCACGAAGCUCCAGGCUCUUGAGAGGAUUUCGCCGCAUGAGAACCUCGUCUCAUCUCCUCUUCUCUAACAGCAUCUACGCCUCUCAUCGUGCGCCGCCGGCCUCUUCCUACUCCCAUCUGGCUGCUUCUGUCAGCCGCCGCUCGCCGUUGGCGUAG